AUGAAAUCAGAAAUGUAUCAUGCAAGCACAUCUUAUUAUAAAGCGAGAAAUCGACAACUGUAUUGGAAAUAUGCCAAGCUAAAUUUAGUAUUUCUAUCAGUUUUAUUUAUCAUUAUCACUAUCAUCAGUAAGAUAAAAUCCAAUCCAACUAUAGAUUCAAAUGCAUUCUUUUCAAAGCCAAGUUUUUUGCUAGAUGCAGUUAAUAAAUACUUAGGAGGACCAAUAAAAAUCGAGGAUCCAUUACUUAUCAAUAAGCUUCGCGAUGAAAAAUCAUUAAAAAAUUGCAAAUUAUGCUUAAAUCCAAAACGACAUGAUUUAAAAAAGAGUACUAAUGCAGAUCUAGCACUUACAUUCGGUUUUGGCGAUCAAAUUCAUUACUUUUUAACUUGGAUGAGGAGCCUUCGAAAUACAGGCUGCAAUUGCGGCGUUCUCAUAUUUGUUUCUCCAGGAUAUUUGAAAUUUUUCACUAAUGAAACAUUGAAAGAGCUCCAAAAUUGUGGAGCAAAUUUCCUUACUUUGAACAGUUUUGAAGGUGUUGAUGAGAGAACAUUACGAAAUUUAGUUAUACUGUCCUUCUUAGAUCAAUACGGAUCUUUCUUUAAUCGAAUUUUCAUCAAUGAUAUUUUUGAUACUUUGUUCCAAGGGGAUCCAUUUGAUGAGCAUCUGCCGAAAGAUAAAGUUACUGUUUCAAUUGAACGUGUAACAUUUAAACACCAUAGCUGGGCUAUUGAAAAACAGAAUUACACAGAUGAUAACUUUACUGGGGAUUUUUAUAGUAAUAAACUGCUUUUAAAUGGUGGUAUUUUUAUGGGUCCAUCAUUCAAAGUUUAUGAAUUGUAUCUAACCAUGUUUAAUCCAAAAAUUUUCUUCAGAGAGAACGUAAAUGACCAAUCUAUACUGAAUUAUGUAUAUUAUAGAGGUCUAUACACUGAUAUUAAUGUUGACUUCGAUGCACAUUACUAUUCCUCAGCUUGCUACUCAAUUUUUGAGCAACAUCCAAGAAAAGACGGAAAAAUGUACGAAUUGAAUGGCAAAUACGCACCAGUAGUUAUACAUCAGUUUGAUAGAAUAUGUCCAUUGAUGAUAUAUGAUAGAGAUGUUUGUCCUGCUUUGAAAACUCUCAACUUAACAUAUCUUCAUAAAAAAUGGUUUGGAAAUCCAGAAAGACCGCGUUUUACGCAUAUCAGUCAGAAGUGUGGAGAAAAGGAUUCUGAUACAAGAAUGUUUGGCUACUUUUUUGGCCCAAAUCAAGAUUUUUAA